CGCGCCCUCCAGUUGAUGCUCCCCGCCGCUACUCCGGCCGCCGUCUUACCCAUCUCCCCGCCGUCGUCGCCUCCCCCUCCAGUCCUCCUCCCGCCCCCCAAAUCCCUAGCCCUCAUGUGGCGCCGCCUCCCCUCCCGCCGCCUCGCCUCCGCCCUCCUCUCCGCCUCCGCUCCGCACCUUCCCCCUCCUCCCCCGCUCCACCGCCUCCUCCUCCCCGCCCCCGCCACCGGGAUCCUCCCAUCCCCGCGCCUCCCGUGGGGACACCACCCCCCGCGAUUCGCGUCCUCCUCCGCCGCGGCGGCCGCCGAGGCCGUCUCCUCCUCCGAGGUCGACGAGCUGCACCACGCGCUCGACGACGCCGCCCUCGCGGCCCCCGCCCCAACCCCGCCCGCUCCUCCGGAGCGGCGGCGCGGGCGCGGGCGGGGCAAGGUCGUGACGGAGGCGGCGGCGCAGCACGGGAUGACGUGCUCCAAGUACUCGGCGCUGCGCCGGCGCCAGAUCAGGAUCGAGACCGAGGCCUGGGAGCAGGCCGCCAGGGAGUACCGCGAGCUGCUCGCCGACAUGUGCCAGCACAAGCUGGCCCCCAACCUGCCCUACGUCAAGUCGCUCUUCCUCGGAUGGUUCGAGCCGCUCAGGGACAGGAUCGUCGCGGAGCAGGAGCUCGUGGGCGAGCGAGGGGCGAGGGCAUCCCACGCGCCCUACUUCAACCUGCUCCCCGCCGACAUGAUGGCCGUCAUCACCAUGCACAAGCUCAUGGGGCUGCUUAUGACCGGCAACGGAGACGGGAGCGUCCGGGUCAUACAGGCAGCGUGCCAGAUCGGGGAAGCAAUCGAGCAUGAGGUUCGAAUCCACAAAUUUCUAGAGAAGACAAAGAAAAAGAGCACCAAACAAGUGGAGAAAGCAGCAGAACCAGAAGCAGAAGCAGAAGCAGCGGAUCCAGACAUUGCCAAGGAACAACAACGUCUAAGAAAGAAAGUCACCGAGCUGAUGAAAAAGCAGAAGGUGCGGCAAGUAAGGCAUUUAGUCAAGAAGCAAGAUAACGCCAGGCCAUGGGGUCAAGAUGCUCAUGCAAAAGUUGGUAGCCGUUUGAUUGAGAUAUUGAUUGAAACAGCUCAUAUACAACCGCCUGCUAGUCAAUCUGCAGAUAGUACACCUGAAAUCCGACCUGCUUUCACACAUGAAAUGAGAACUGUGGCAAGAGAGCAACAGAAGAGUCGACGAUAUGGUGUCAUCAAGUGCGAUCCACUGGUUCGACAAGGCCUAGAUAGAACAGCAAAGCAUAUGGUCAUACCUUACAUGCCUAUGUUGAUUCCGCCAAUCAAUUGGACUGGGUAUGACAAGGGUGCACAUUUAUUUUUGCCAUCCUACAUUAUGCGCACCCACGGAGCUAGGCAACAAAGGGAGGCUGUAAAAAGGGCUCCAAAGGAACAGAUGCAGUCGAUUUUUGAGGCCUUAAAUACUCUUGGGAGCACCAAGUGGAGGGUCAACAAAAAAGUUCUUACUAUUGUUGACAGAAUAUGGUCGAGUGGUGGCCGACUUGCUGACUUGGUUGAUCGUGCUGAUGUUUCCAUACCAGAGAAGCCUGACACUGAAGAUGAAGCUGAGCUAAAGAAGUGGAGGUGGAGCGUGAGGUCAGCCAAAAAGGAGAAUAGUGAAAGGCAUUCCCAGAGAUGUGAUGUUGAGCUUAAACUCGCGGUAGCUCGGAAAAUGAAGGAAGAAGCUGGGUUUUACUACCCACACAACCUUGAUUUUAGAGGCCGUGCUUAUCCAAUGCAUCCUUAUCUAAAUCACUUGGGUUCAGAUCUUUGUCGUGGAGUGUUGGAGUUUUCUGAAGGUCGACCACUUGGUAAAUCAGGCUUGCGCUGGCUGAAGAUACACCUAGCAAAUUUGUAUGCUGGAGGUGUUGAUAAGCUAUCAUAUGAUGGCCGGAUUGCAUUUACUGAGAAUCACUUGGAGGACAUAUUUGACUCUGCUAAUAGGCCUCUUGAAGGCAAGCGAUGGUGGCUUGGGGCAGAGGAUCCAUUCCAAUGCCUGGCAGUUUGCAUGGAUAUUACUGAAGCUUUAAGAAGCCCCUCUCCAGAAACAAUGAUCUCACAUGUUCCUGUGCACCAGGAUGGUUCUUGUAAUGGCCUGCAGCACUAUGCAGCUCUUGGAAGGGACAAGCUGGGUGCCAUUGCUGUCAACUUAGUUUCUGGGGAGAAACCUGCAGAUGUUUACUCUGGAAUAGCUACCAGGGUGGUGGAAAUUAUGAGGAGAGACGCACAAAAAGAUCCAGCUACAGAUUCUGAUGCAGCACGCGCUCGUCUGCUAGUUGAUCAGGUGGAUAGGAAAUUGGUAAAACAAACAGUGAUGACAUCUGUCUAUGGUGUCACUUACGUUGGUGCACGUGAACAAAUAAAAAGAAGAUUAAAGGAGAGGGGGGUCAUUGCUGAUGACUCUGAACUUUUUGGUGCAUCAUGCUAUGCUGCUAAGGUUACACUGACAGCGCUUGGUGAGAUGUUCGAAGCUGCUCGUAGUAUCAUGAACUGGCUUGGAGACUGUGCCAAGGUAAUUGCUUGUGAAAAUGAACCUGUGAGAUGGAUGACCCCUCUUGGACUUCCAGUUGUUCAGCCAUAUCGCAAACUAGGAAGGCAUCUUAUCAAGACAUCGUUACAAGUCCUGACCCUUCAACGAGAAACAGAUAAGGUUAUGGUUAAGCGACAAAGGACAGCUUUCCCUCCAAACUUCGUACACUCCCUUGAUGGCUCUCAUAUGAUGAUGACUGCUGUUGCUUGCAAAAAACAAGGCCUAUAUUUUGCAGGAGUUCAUGAUUCAUAUUGGACCCACGCUUGUGAUGUUGAUACAAUGAACAUGAUACUUCGGGAAAAGUUUGUGGAACUUUACGAUGCACCUAUUUUGGAAAAUCUCUUGGAGAGCUUUGAGAAAUCUUUCCCUACAUUAAAAUUUCCACCAUUGCCAGACAGAGGAGAUUUUAAUAUGAAGGAUGUCCUUGAGUCAACCUAUUUCUUCAACUAGCACGGUUACGGUGGCAUAUUGUCCUAUUUUUCUCUCUGCUGCCCAGCUGUGGCCUUGCACAAAUCUUGAGUUCUCUCAAAGUACAUGACUGGCUCAGAUAAUCAAGCUAAUUAUUUUGCUGGUUGACACGCCAACUUGUGGACAACUUGCAUGAAGAUGAUCCCACAAGAGUGGAUUUACAGAGGUACAUAGAAGAUGCUCUUGCUCUGCUGCAGAAUUACAUGGUAAGCAAGGUGCGUCACUAUUGCCAAGGAACUGGCAGUAAACAGCGCUGGCCCAGGGGGAGAUUGAAGAAAGUGACAGUCAAAAUAAUUGGAAACCAUGAUGAAGAAGCAGUAGCUGCGGAGUUUUUCUGUGUUUGUGAUAUAGUGUAGUUUUCACCAGUGCUUUGUUUCUCCCUUCUCAAGGCUCACUCUUUGCACGCUCACUAACCAUCUUCGCAGUCUUCAGAUUCCUGUAAAUGUAAUUAUAUGUAGUUUUUUGGCCUCUUCACUAACCUGUCAUUCUUUUCUUGUUUCUCUUAAUUUAUAGUUGGGAAUCUGAUGAGUGCAACACUAUACUGUGGAAAAUUAAUUCAUAGCUACCAUUGUAGUUGCACGAUACUAUCUAUACAAUAAAGUGAUAUAGUGGUUUUCCUCUUAAUUUUAUGGAGAUUUUAUAUUUUUGCCA